UAAAAGCAGCAGAGCUAUUGAAGAAUUCAUGAGAAAGAUGAAGUUCACAAUGCUAAAACUCGUUGUUGUUUUAUUGUUGGCUGGAAUAAUACCUAGCUAUGCCCAACAGAAUAAUUACAUAACUACCGGGUUUGGAGCACCAGUUUCCUAUAAGGAUGCGUCCUUAACAAUUGGUCGUCGUGGACCAUUAUUACUGGAAGAUACAGAAUUUAUCGAUGAAAUGGCACACUUUGACCGAGAGCGAAUACCGGAAAGAGUAGUGCAUGCUAAAGGUGCAGGUGCAUUUGGUUACUUUGAGGUCACCAACGAUAUCACUCGGUACUGUGCAGCCUCUGUAUUUUCAACAGUUGGAAAAAGAACGAAAAUCGCGGUUCGGUUUUCCGUAGCUGGUGGUGAAAGAGGUUCGGCGGACACUCGACGAAGUUCACGUGGUUUUGCCAUCAAAUUUUACACAGAAGAAGGAAAUUGGGACCUUGUAGGAAGUAAUUUUCCAAUAUUUGCUAUUCGAGAUCCCAUUCUAACCCCCAGUAUGAUCCAUGCCCAAAAGAGGCAUCCAGCAACCUUUCUUCCAAACAGCGACAUGCAAUGGGACUUUUUCACUUCGAGACCGGAAACAACUUAUUUGUUACUUUAUACGUUCUCCGACAAGGGAACUCCUGAUGGAUACAGAUUUAUGGACGGUUUUGGAGUUAAUACGUUCAAACUGAUUAAUGCCAGCGGCCAUCACGUUUAUUCUAAAUUUCAUUAUUUAUCAGAUCAGGGUUUGAGAAACUUAACGGCAAGGAGAGCUCAAGAACUUACAGCCGAAGAUCCCGAAUAUGCUAUAAGAGAUUUGUAUAAUGCAAUUGGAUCCAGUAAUUAUCCAUCAUGGACAUUGUACAUUCAAGUAAUGACCGACGAGCAGGCAAGGAAUAGUAGUUUUAAUCCAUUCGACGCCACAAAGAUAUGGCCCGAAGAUAUAUAUCCUUUAAUUCAAGUAGGCCGAUUAACAUUGAAUGAAAAUCCUACGAAUUUUUUCCAAGAUGUCGAGCAAAUGGCCCUGUCUCCAUCAAAUUUGGUGCCUGGAAUCAAACCUUCGCCCGAUAGAAUUUUACAAGGAAGACUGUUUUCUUAUCCAGAUACUCAAAGAUACAGAUUAGGACCCAACUUUCUUCAAAUUCCUGUCAACUGUCCGCUUAACGUCCGAAAUUAUCAGCGAGACGGUCCAAUGUCUUACAAUAAUCAGGGAAAUAAUACGGUUUAUCAUCCGAAUUCAGUAGAUUCGUUAAACGUCAGUCAAAGGGCAGCAGCAUUAAGUCCACCGUACUCC